CGCCGGUUGUCAUCCGGCGGUAUGACUGCCUUUGAGCAGUUUCAUUUCGUUGGCAGUCAUUGUUUUAUUUCGUUCCGUAGGAGUACAGAGCUCCCCAAAGUAAAAAUUCGUAUUUUUUCAUCCCAAUCGGGUUUUAUUUGGUGUUUCGUCGUUCGCUUCUUUUCGUUGGUCGGUAGUCCGUGGAAGAAACGUGCUUCGUUUUUGAGCGUUUUGCCAAAAUUAAGCGGUAUAUCAGCGGUAUAUCAGAAUGAGUAGCCACCCGUGCAGCCUGGGAAAGCUGGCCCAGCGUGGCGCCAGCCUUCAGAUCUCUCCCCUGGCCACAAGGAUGAGGAGUUUCCACUACAGCCGGAUCAGGCCGACGGUGGUCCCUAUCAUGGGCCAGCGGAUCAAACCCGACGACAACGGACGGGUGCGCAAGAUCGUGGGCGUGAAGAAAUCGCUGGUUAACCAGCUGCAGGGCAUGGCCCCCAGCCUGGGACCCCCGAAUGUGGCGUCGUCGCUCGACAAAACACGGCUGUUCUCCUCCUCGAGCAGCCUGCACAGUCGCUCCCUCCAGCAGCAGCAGCAGCAGGAGGAGGAUGACGAGGAGGAGUACUCGGACAUGGAGUCCCUGGCGUCCAACACCACGGCUUCGUUGUCGGCCACCCAGAGGGGCUACAAUCGGGCAGAGGGAUUCGGCAAGGGCAUGGCCAGGCAGGCGGCCCGAGACAUCAGCCGGUCCAUUCAGGAGGAACUGAUGGUGGUGGACGCCGACACGCGUCACAUGCUCAACUGCGAUCCAAGCCGGCAGGUGCUGCGCAACUACCACGAGCAGAUGGCCCAAAGGGCGAAGACUCCGGGCGAUCCCAUGUCGGGCUGGAAGCAUCCGCGGCCCCUCAAACAUCUCGCCACUGCGGCGGUCAGCAGUGCGGGCGAAGGAAGCAGCAGCACCUCGUCGGUGGCCCAGUCCGAGGUGGCCCAGUCGAUGGACCGCCAGGUGAGGCCACGUCGCCGCCAGAUGGUCGUAGCCCAUAUCGGUCGCAACGGUCGCGAGCAUUUGGCUCAGCUGCCACCAUUGAAUGCGCCGCCACCCAAGUUCGAGCUGUACGCCUCGAAUGCCAGGGAGAAGUUCUCGGAGCAGCGCACCGAGAUGCGUCCGCCGACCAGUUGGCACAGCCCCAAGGAACCGAUCGAGCAGAAGCCCGAGGAUCUGCUGAUGGACGUGGCCUUGGCCCGGGCAGUCCGGCCGGACAUCACGCUGACCCGGGGCGUCCAGCGGUCCGGCGAAGAGCACCGGGCCAGCGAAUCGGACUCGUGGUAUGAGCAGCCAGCUUCAGAGCGGGAGCUCCUCAAGCAGGCCAUCCUUGGCGGAGGCAGGAAUCGCCUGGAUGAGGCGAGCGAUAAUGCGGCUCAGAUAAGCGCCUCGCAGCAGGUGAUAAACCAGAAGUAUGCCAGUUUUCGCAGAACAACCAGGGGCAACCAGAAGCAGAUGAUCCGGCAGAUUGUGGAGCCGGUGAACCCAACGCCCCAACUCAAGACGAGUGCGCGGUCGAUGUCGGAGCCGCGGGACUCGCGAAAGCGGUGGGGCAGCAUGAGGCAGAGCUCUGGGCGACAGGCUACGCCCAAGUUUUUCGCGGAUGCAGGAGAGCCACGGAACGAGGGAGAAGAUGAUGAAGACCAGUCCAGUUGGCCAUCGCCCCAUAACACUCAGCUCCAGAUGGCCACACGGAGUGAGACCCGCCUGGAGUCGGAGCAAGAGGGGGGGCGCGGCAGGAACGUGAUGGGCGAAAAGCGAGGCGCCCAGAAGACAAUGGAUGACGAAGCUCUAGUGGAGCACAACGAUAUCGGGAUGCCGCAGGCAUACAAGCGGGAGUCGGCCGUGCAGCGCCUUGGAAGCAGCAGGCACUCCAAGCACAGCAGCCGCGCUUUCAACAGCUACUAAGCCCCCGAUUUGCAGUCUGCAUAGUGGGUACCACACCCACCACCCUGAUAGUCCAAUCCGAACCCAGUCCGUGUCCAGUCUCCCAGCCCGACCAUAGCACAUAGCCAGACUGAUAUUUUUUGGCAUGGAGUUGUCUAAAUCCUUAGAAGUCGUACCAAAAUUUAAGCCUGACAAUCCAAUUGGCCAAAGUGUAGUUAUUUCAACGUAGAAACAAAGUGUCUCAAAUAAAAUCGAUUACAGUUGUGUAAAUUAAAA